AUGGUCAACGCUGAGUUGCGCAGGCAGGUCAUCAAUAUCUACAAAGAGCUACUAUUUCUAGGGCGGGACUACCCCCAGGGCUACAAAUUCUUCCGGGACAGGCUUCAUCGCGCAUUCGCCAGCCAAGCCCACCUUACCGAUGAAGAGCAGAUCCGCCAGGGGAUCGCCCGGGCUGAGUUCGUGAAGAAAGAAGUCGAAGCGCUGUAA